CACAAAACAGUGCAGACUUCAACAUGGCGGAAAAAUAAGGAGUGAUAUAAAAUGUCUGUGCAGUUUUAUUCUUAAUACCUUUCAAUAAAGUCAAGCAAUCAAGUAAUAAAAUAUCUGUUAUGCGACGAGCAAAGAGUACAGCAUCCAGUGGUAUAAAUUCUGGUGGGAAUGCCGUCCCCAAGUUAUUAAGGGAUCUCCAUCAACUUAUACAUCAAGUUCAGGUGUGUGGGCCAGUGUGGCCAAUUUAUAGACUUCUCUCAUCACACAUUGUCCGACCAAAUUUUACGUUUUGUUUUAUCAAAGCUUUUUUUAUGACUGGACAUGUGCCCAAUUGAUUUAGGCUGGUGAAAUGUCCAACUUAUGAAGAAAAAAUGUUGUGUGUUUGAGUGAGGCCAAAAGCUACUGCUGAAAGUAAAGCCUAACUCCGGCAGCAGAUUUUAUUAAUAUGAAAAUAUAAAAAAAUACAUAUUUUCUGCUAUCCAGUGCAUAUCGCUACCCAGCCUUGGUACAUGCAACCGGCCCCAGGACUGGUAGAUAUACUGUAUUUACUCUCUUGUGUAUUAUUGAUUGGUGAUGAUAGCCUGAGCGAAGAUAACAGACAACUACGGAUUAAGCGGGAUACAACUACAUUAUAAAUAUAAGCAGUUGAACUUUGACGUUUCGAGCGAAGGCCCUUCAUCAGGAGUUAGUGUCAGGUAGUUGUAUGUCUUAAUCCGUAGCUGUCUUUCAAACUUGUUACCAGACCAUUUUUGCCGGCAUGUUGUCCCCAUAGGAGUAGGAAAGAGAAGGACUCUCCUUUUCUCUUGAACUUCCUAUUUAAUUUUUACUAAAUAUAUGUUAUCUUGAUACAGGACGAACGAAACAGAAAUGAACAUACGUUGAUGAAUAUCUCCAAAACACAUGAACGUAUGAAAUCUGAAGCAAAAGGUAGGAUAUUUUUUUGGUAAAGUAAAACUGUUCUGUGUGGGACUAAUCCUAAGUCUUUGAUGUUUAUAGUGUCAUCGUAUUUUAAAAGUAAACUGAAAGGAUUAUAUGGUGCGGCAAUUGCAGAUUGUGAGGCUGAAGCUGAGUAAGUUUUACACGUCUAUUCAAUUCUUGGGUUUCAAUCGCGUGAUGUUUUAGCAAAUUUGACUCACCUGAGGCAUCAAGUAUCCGACUGAGGUCAACUAAAACAACAAAGAAACAAAUGGCCGUCAAUGCAUCUCGAGUGUAAAUGAGUCUCACACUAUUAUAUAAAACAAUAUAAAAGUCGUACUCUACGCUUGAUACAGACCCUUGGUCCAAGCAGUCUGACUAUUGCAGUCAGCCAAUGCAAUCUAAUGCAGUCCAGUACAUUCUAUUGUAAUCCAAUUCAGUCUAAUACUGUAUAAUGGAGGCUAAUGCAGCCUAUAAACACAAGCUAAUACUUCACCCCAUGCCAGAAACUUCAUUUCAAGUUGCAGCAUGUAUGAAUGAAUGAAUGAAUGAAUGAAUUUAAUUUAAUUUGACACCAACAUUACAAAAAAAAAAGUGACUUUUAUAUCUCCAUUUCUCAUUCUGUUCUGGCGUCUAAUGCCAUCAUGAAUGCUUUCUUCUCAGUCUUUUGAUUACAAUUUUUCUAUUUUUCAUCUUGACAAGACUUAUCCGAAGAGCUACAGAUAAAAUUGCAAAUAUUCAAGCACUGACAAAUGAAGGUGCUCAAGGUUUGUUGUAUAUUAUACAUUCCCUGUUUUCAUUUGAUGUCGGAAAAUCACCAAUGAUAUGUGUCGCGUUUCACAAUAUUCAGGUAUGCAAUAACAUUCCUAACAUCGUGAAAUCAACAUCUGGGGAUGGCGACAUCUGAUCGGUCUGAGAGAAAUUAUGCUGAGAUUGGCUAAUAAUAGUUUGGAUUUUUAGCAGUAAUAAGUGCCUACAGUACUCGCGUUCAUACGCGUGUAGAACGCGUUCCAAAAUAUUUUGACAGGAAAACGUGACACAUUUUUUUUGGUUUUGGUAAUGGCAUAAAUAUUGGCUUCAUAUUUUAGGUCGAAGCCAUGUAGAUGGAAGUGGAUUAGAUAUAGAGCCGAGCAGAAAAGCUGGCAUGAGAAGAGGUGUUCUUAUGACUAUACUUCAACAAAACGCAGCUCAAUUACCUAUGUUCAUGGGAAAAGCCUCCGAGAAGUAAUUUUGCUGUUUACAGUAUUUUAUAAAGUAGUUGGUUAUUUGAUCCCUACAGUCAAGUAGUUUGAUCAUACAAUCGGGUAGUUUGAUCUUUAGCAGUUGUUUUAAAACUUUGCAUUUGUUUUGCCGUUUGUCUCUAGUGUACCUCCUCUAUGCGGGUCAAUUCCUCCUGCAGCAAACUACGCACCAGAUCCUGGUGAUCAUGUAAGUACUAUUUAAAACACAACUGCUUUAUCAGAUAUAAAACGAGGCGACAUCCAAUGGCUUAAAAAAAGGCCCAUCUUAUGAGUUAAUUGCGAAGUAAUUUAAAAAAUCAACGUUGUAUACUUGGUCAAGGUUGCCGCUCGUGUUAGGACUCCUGAUGGAGAGGAACAGUGGAUUCUGGCUGAAGUUGUCUUAUUCAAUCCAUCCACAAACAAGUAUCCUUUUUUCUAUGCUCAUUUUCAUAUUCAUGUCAAUAGCAAAAAGAAAUUGUUUGCAUGAUUAGAGUUGUAUUAAAUUUACAGAAAUGAUAAAAAUUGAGAGUUCGCUCGAAAUGUUCGUUGUUCCCUGCAGUGUCGGUGUGAAACAAAGUUUUUCAUAUUUCUGGGAAUAACAAAUGCUACAUCUAAAUUUUAUUAUGGUUAGAGCAAAAACUUCGUCUAGAUCACUAGGAUAUAUAGCUUUACUGAUGUCAGUUUUAACUAAAGGGACACAAGGUUAGCAAUGGACACUUCGCUGUGAAAAUACUUAAUACAUAAGCAUGGUAUUGCAUUUCUUAAUUGAGUUGAAGAUAUGACAUCGAUGAUAUAGACGAAGAAGGUGGCAACAAAAAGGAGUAAGUAAUAAAUGCAUAAUAAAUGCAUUAAAAAAGGCAAUGUGGUCCCAGAAAAUUUUGGUAACCAGAAAUAUAUCAUAAUCAAAAUGUUUUCGUGAUUCUUGCAUUGGGGAUUUUGUAGAUAUUAAUACAUCGAGACACUUUAACAACAAUUUGGAACAUUUUGUUUUCUUUCCUUAUUCAACAGAAGGCAUCAUCUGAGCAGACGAAGAUUUAUUCCACUACCAAAGAUGAAAGUAAAUCCAUCGACGCAUAAACACGCUCUAUUCCAAAAGCAAGAUGUAAGACCGAAUUUUAUUUCUUUUGAGUUCAUAGAGAUAGAUAAUACAAGGCAGAGCUCACAAUUUACGUAUAUGGUAGACUAACUCUGAGCAAUCGUGUGCUAAAAGUGAAUGUUUUUAUUUUCAGCUUGUUCUCGCACUUUAUCCUCAGACAACAUGUUUUUAUCGUGCUCUUAUCCAUGAACCUCCUUCAAGGGUAAGAAAUGACAACUUCACGCUGUGAAAACAUCGUGUGCCAUGAUAUAACAAUAUUGUUACAACCUUGUAACAUUCUUGUUAUAUCAUGAUUGCAUCAGACUUGUUAGGACAACCCUUGUAACAAGUCUGAUAAUGCCAUCAAGCUUGUUCCAAGUUGUUAACAGCUUGUUCCAAACUUGUUACAACUAGGAACAAGCAGUGUGAACAAUGAAUAUUCUGGAACGCUCACUCCAACCGGAAAUUUGAAGGCCAGUCUCAGUCUUUUCACGCACGCAAAGAGCGCUCAAUCAUGAUCUAAACACAUGGGACACGCGUAUCUUGGGGUCAAGAUUUGGCUUCAAGAAAAAGAUAGGCAGUUUAUCUGAAGAUGCUGUGUUAAGUGGUUAUAUUACUACCUUAAAAAACAAGCAGAAAUGCGACGUUUCGAGUUAGUAGCGUAACUCUUGACGAAGGGCCUUCGUUCGAAACGUCAAGUUUCUGCUUGUUUAUUUCAGGUAGUAAUAUAACCAUGGAUAAUAAAAUAAAUGGAUAGGACUCUAGCUGACGUAAGCAAAAACAACCUAGUUGCAAUCUGUGACGUCACGCGUAUUGCAAAGUUCUCGGCAUUCUUGUUGUUUCGCUAUACUUUCCGCUUUAAAAGAGUAAUAUUGAAGCAUAAACUGGUCUAAUUGUUUUAAAAACAUGCCUAAGCCACGACAAAGUAUUCAAGGUAAAUGUUUUUCGUCUUUGUUUUGUAUUUUUUUACAUUUGUAUCUACGAAAUUGGCGUCCCCAAUUUUAACGAAAUUUGGGAUGCCUAGCUUUUUCACUGUUUAGUGCUUGAAAUAUUUGCUAAAAUUGACUGGGAAUACUUAGAGAUUUCAUCGUAGAAUGGCGUGGUUAUAUUCAUUUGCUCUUUGACUAAAAUGUUUAGCUGUAUUAUUGCUAAACAUGCCGUUUUUGAGAAUUUGGUUUGCAACUAGGUUUCAACAUCCAAUCACGCCAUCAGCCCAUUGAAAACAUUAGGUCACGUCAGCUGGUUUCCUAUCCAUUUAUUUUGUUAUCCAUGGUAUAACCACUCAGCACAGCAUUUUCACAUUCAGUACUACCUACACUGGUACAGACAGUUUUAGUCUAUCUGAAGGUAACGUUCCAGUUCUAUUCAUUUCAAUGAUGCGAACACAACUAAAUGUACUAUAAGAUGUUUUGUUUUGCAGCCACAGGACGACUACUCCGUAUUGUUUGAAGAUACUUCGUAUCCUGAAGGAUAUUCACCUCCACUGUGUGUUGCGCAACGAUAUGUCGUCACGUCAAAAGAAAACAAACGAAGAUAAAAAUUUUGUAAAAAUGUGUAAAUAAUGUUUCUUUAGGAAUAGAGCAAAUCGAAAAGAGCGGUGUAUGAACAUUUAUUGUUUUGACUGAAAUUUCCACUUGCAGUGGUCGACACUUCAAGAUUUUUUUGGGGGUGGAUUUAGUUUACCAAUAUACAUGGUGUGUAAAAAGUUAUACCAGUAAAGAUCACGCUUUCAGCUGUCGAGUGCUACCCUUUUGUAUCAUUCUCACCAAAAAUUAGCCAAAUACGAAAGUUCAAGGUUGUACCAUCUUUGUAGACAAGUUCAUUUGAAAGUUGUAUCAUCAGAAACUAUUUAAUGCCGGUCGUAAUGCAUUUUUCAAUGGUUGUGAAUAGACUUAUGCAUAAUGACGUCACAAGGCUUGAUGCUCGCGAGGAAUGCUGGUC